GAGCCAGCAGGGAGACAGCCGGCCAUGGGCACCUGCUCAGAAGACCCCCACCUGUGCGGGGCCUCCUGGCUCCUGGGAUUCACCAGCCUCCUCCUCAGCGUCUGCAGUGCUGUGACCCAGAGUUCUGGAGCCCAUGCUUCUGGAGUUGAGGAUUCUGGAAUCCCUGUUUCUCUGAAGGGGACUCAAGGAGCUUCUGUGUGGUUUCAUGUGAUCAGAAGUCCAGAAUUACCUCCAGAGGUCGGGCUGGAGAAGAUUUCAUGGGGCAUUGUAUCCAAGUCAAACUACAUAGUCAUGCUGCACGUGUUUCCUGGGAGAGAUGUUCCAGAAUGGGUCAACUUCCAGGACAAGUUCGAGAAGAGGGUCCAUGUGCUCAACAUAACGACCCUGAGGAUUGAUAACCUGACCCUUGAGGACAGUGGGCGGUACCGGGCUCGAGAGUCCUACAGGAGAGGAAGACAGCAUGACCAGGAUUUCCACCUGAGGGUCUACGAGCCCGCACCCCUUCCCCAGAUCCGGGCCACGCUUCUGUCCCUCACACCAGGCUGGUGCAACGUCACUGUGGAGUGUGACACCACGGGAACCAGGGAGGACCUGAUCGUGUCCUGGGAGAGCGAGGGUCUCCCCAGGGAGCUGGAGCAGGGACCCUCCCCAGGACCAGCCCCCAACCCCUGGACCCUGGCUGUGAACCUGACCCUGAGCCAGCCCAGCUCCAGCCUCACCUGUGUGGUCAGCAACCAGGUGGACCAGAAAACUGCCACCCGGGGCCUUGGGAACAUUUGUGGCCAUGGUGCAGGAUCGCAGAAGGAGCACGGGGACCCGGAUGGUGGCAUCCACUAUGCAGAGCUGAGCCAGCAGGAGGCUGGAGACAACAGGGACAAG